AUGUGCGUCCCGCAUACCAUGGAGGCGGGCAAGCACAGCACAGGCCAGGGCCAGGGCCAGGGCAGCCGUGGCGGCGUGCCGCUGGAGCCGUUCGUCCACCAGGUUGGCGGCCACACCAGCAUGAUGCGCUACGAUGACCACACCGUCUGCAAGCCGCUCAUCAGCCGAGAGCAGCGCUUCUACGAGUCGCUGCCCCCUGAGAUGAAGGAGUUCACCCCAGAAUACAAAGGUGUGGUCCUGGUGUGCUUUGAGGGAGACAUGGACGGCUACAUUAACCUGGUGGCGUACCCGUACGUAGAGAGCGAGGGCCUGGACCACGAAGAACUGCCUGAGAGGGACCAACCGCGGCGGAAACACUCACGCCGCAGCCUACACCGCUCCAGCAGCGACCACAAGGAGGACCGGCCGGCCCACGAGAGCGACAGCAGCGAGAAUCUGCAGGAGCUGAAGAGCCCACGGCUAGACCUCCAGAUCCACUCAGACGUGCCCUUCCAAAUGCUGGAUGGCAACAGCGGCCUGAGCUCGGAGAAGAUCAGCCACAACCCCUGGAGCCUGCGCUGCCACAAGCAGCAGCUCAGCCGUAUGCGGUCAGAGUCAAAAGAAAGGAAGUUCUACAAAUUUCUCCUGCUUGAGAACGUGGUGCACCACUUCAGCUACCCCUGCAUCCUGGACUUGAAGAUGGGCACGCGGCAGCACGGGGACGACGCAUCCGAGGAGAAGGCCGCUCGCCAGAUGAAGAAGUGCGAGCAGAGCACCUCCGCCACUCUGGGUGUGCGGGUAUGUGGGAUGCAGGUGUACCAGAUGGACACGGGCCAUUACCUUUGCCGCAACAAGUACUACGGCCGUGGUUUGUCCAUUGAGGGCUUCCGCCACGCACUCUACCAGUUCAUGCACAACGGCACCCAGCUGCGCAAGGACCUCUUUGAGCCCAUGCUGGGCAAGCUACGCAGCCUCAAGGCCGUCCUGGAGCGCCAGGCCUCGUACCGCUUCUACUCCAGCUCGCUACUCAUCAUUUACGAGGGCAAGGAGCCCGAGCCAGCUGAGCCUCCCUCGGAGAAGGAGCCUCUGGCUGGUCAGACUGCCCCGGACCCGUCCCUGCUCAUCCAGGAGCACACCCCACCUCUCCCUCCUCUUCCUCCUCCUCCUCCUCCUCCACCGCCUUCGGACCCUCAUAGCCGCCCUCCACCCAGUGUGGACGUGCGAAUGAUAGACUUCGCCCACAGCACCUUCAAAGGCUUCCGCGAUGACCAAACGGUGCAUGACGGACCCGACCGAGGCUACGUUUUCGGACUCGAGAGCCUCAUCAACAUCUUGGAAGCGAUCCGGGAGGACAACCAGUAGCCGAAGCCUUCCCCUCACCCCGUCGUCUCCGCCCACCCAGCCAUAAACCCCACCUCCUUCCUCCCUCUCAUCCUCAAUAUUACUGUACUCUUGAUGUGAUCGCAGAAAACAGUAGUAACAUUUUUCUGUGAGAGAACGGCACAGUGGUACAUGCAGGAGCCAGGGAGAGGAGCAGCCUCCGUUUCUUUCGGCUACUGGCAGUCACACCAUGAGGGUUUUUUUUUCAAGCUUCAGGGGGAGAAAUGGAGGUGACCUCUACAAGGGUCUUUACUCGGCCCCCACCUUCAGGACAGAAAUGGCAGGAAACGGCCCCCUCGAAACAGGAGAGGGGCACGCUUUUUUGUGUGUCCUGUGGAUUCGUCGCCACCAUGUGGCCAACCGAAGAAUUGCAGUCAAGAUAGGAUUUUUAAGCAGGCAGCCACAGCUCAGGGCAAGUCCAGGGUCAGGUCCUCUUUACAGUUUGGGGGUCGGUGCAGGGAAAGCGUCCGUCUGUCUGUCUGUCUGUCUAUUUUGUAUGUACGUGAGUAAAUGUAUGUGUGGAGGAUAGAGAUGUGGUGGCUGGGGAGUACAUGUGAAACUCCCCACGUCAGUAUUCCUACAGGGGCUCAAAAAAGGGAGCAGGUUUUGCUCAUUUAUUGUUUGCGAAAGCUUUACUGUAAAAUAAGGGGGGGAGGCCCAUCAGGCCCUGCCUGUUCUCCCUGACAAAAAAAGAAGGUGAAGCCCACCUUUUGGCAUCAGUUACCAUGCACAGCCUUGCUGUGUGAUAAUCCAGUUUGAGGUCACAUGCUUUUUAAUUUUUAACUUAUUUUGUUUUUUCUUUCUUUCUUUCUUUCCUGUUUUUUAAUGUUGCUGUUUCUGUUGCCAUCUUAUCCACUUCAGUUAGAGUCAGCGUUGCAUUUUAGCAUUGUGCUCUUUCAUUUUGCUUAUUCGUUUUGUAUUAAGGUCUUUCUUUUUCUCUGGUUUAUGGUAAGGCAAGACAGUCCUAGGCAUGUGUUUUGGGACAGCACACGUAUAUCCGUAGACCUUUUAUGUCACCUAUGUUGUUUAAAAGGCUCUUUCGGUCAAAUAUGGUUAUGCUGAAAGUAAACCAUCCUAUCUUUUGCGCUGUAGAUUGUGUUAUCAACACAUCAUCCUGCAGCAUGGUUCUUUGAGUUUCUUUACCUGCAUUUUUCCCCCCAGGCCUUCAUUUUUAUUUUUAACUUUUCAUAAAUUAUUCACACCGACUCACAGUGAACCUUUGUCCACCAUCAGCACAUGUAGCAAUGCGAUUCAGAGGAGGAAAAAAAAACAAAUAUGAAGAAACAUAAUGUCACCUUUCCUCAGCCUUUUAGCUCGUCGUGUCCCCUUACCGUCACUGUGGGUGGAGAAUUGUCUCCUCGUAGUUAAACGUGGUUAGGGUGUUCUCUGUGUAGGUGGAACAAUUGCACUGUAGCCAUUGCCCUUUUUUAAGACAAGUGGGUUUAUUUUUUUCUCCCCUUUUUCCCUCUCUGGCACAUCACAGGCCCCAUUGGGUCAUAUUUUUGUAAUAAAAAUGCAGUUACAUGCAUAUUGUAUUGAUAUUACCAGUGUAGUAUUGUUAUUAGAUUAUGACACCCCCCCACUACCAUGAAGGUACUGCUUCUAUUAUUGUAGAUAUUGUUGUUAUUAUUUUUUCUUUCAUGUCAGUGACUCAGAGUGGUCGGCCAUUAUGUGUCUAGAUUAGAUGAGAUCUUUCCAGAAAAGGAGUUUCAUAGAAGUCGUGUCGUCAUUCUGUACUGCUAAAGCAAACAGAAGUGUUGUACACCCUCUGCUUUUGGCUGGAUGGACAUUUUUACUCCCAAUGUCGCUGGAUCCUGUGAUUUAUGAGGUCAGUAUGGAGUCGAAAUAUGAAUAUUGCUAUGCGCAAGUUAACGCUAGUAAGACAACCACACCAAAAUACCCCAAACACAAGCUUUGUCAAAUGCGGUAGUUCAGUUGAUUUGGUAGUGGUAGUCUACGGUUUGUAUUAGGGAUGUGCAUGUCCACCGAAUUUUGAAAUUUGAGUCAAUGUAAUCGGCGAGUACUCGGUUAACCACAUGGAAGAGGAAAUAAAAGGACUUUGGAUUAAAUUAAUGUCAUGCUGUCAAAAACAUUUCCAAGGGAAAUCUGUAGAUUUUAGAUUUUUUGGAUGAGUAGAGACUUCCUCUUCAAGUGAGCUGUGUGCCAACAGAGAAACAUGCCUUCACUGUUUCUGGACCUAGAUAAUGUUAGCUUAGUUAGAACCUAAAGUGUAAUAUAAUACACUUACUUACUCACGAAUGCGAGCAAAAGUCUUAUUUUACUUGACUGUUCAACCAUAAAAUGGUUGUCUUACAGAAUUUAUAGUUCAUUUUCUGUCUUAACACGUAACGUGUAACAAACACCAGCCAAAUAGUGAGAUCAGUAUUGAGUAUUGGCUCUUUGAGUGGUCAACCGUGUACUUGUGCAAGUGUGUACAUCCACAGUGAGUAGCUGGCGUUGUUAUGUAGGCCUAAUUGUGUUGAAGUUUAAUACUAAACUAACUUUUCACGCAGUGUCAUUUCAGUGCAGCGUUACCUCACUAAGCGACCUCGUAAUUCUGAGAUUCCAGUGAUGUUUGGGGGAAAAUGUACACAGGACAGAAACAACAGCUUUGUAACGCUUUGUUUAGUGUAGAGUGGGAUACCAGCGACUUUUUGAAUAUUGUUUUUAUAGAGCAAAGCAGUUUAAUACCGAUGACUUCAGAGGUGCACUGGUGAAAUGGUUUCCAUCUUAUGUCUCUUGGCUCCACCAAAGACAAACAGAGCCUUUAGGAGUUUGCACG